AUGUUUCCACAAAAAUCAUCCGAGUUGUACCGCACGCCUGAUGACCAUAAGCCACCGACAGAUAUAAACUUGGCCGGCAACCUGGAGUAUCCGAAUCUGAACGCUGCCGAUGUGAGGGCUCAACCGGAGAAUUUUUCAGCCCGGCUGCACGACUGCUGGGACAGCAUCACCAUUGAUGAGGAGAAGAAUUGUGUGGUCGCUACAAAUCGCCGCGAUGGAGGCCAAUGGUGGGGCAUGUUCUUUGGCUACUCUGAGGGAAACAUCGAUCACAUGACCGUGGACAAUGCGGACUUUCAACGGCAGGAGGAACACACCGUGAACAUUGUACGCUAUGCGGAAAACAAUGUGCUGCUGGCGGCUCUGGGCAACACAAAACUGCAGGCCUGGUCCACACGGCCCACCCCCACCGUCAUUAAUGCGAAGAAACCUUUUUGCCUGUCUAUGUUGGACGAUGCCGAUGCCCAUAUGGCGCCCAUUAGCCACUUGAGCGUGUUCAAGGCGGAUCCACAAAAGUCUGUGUCCGCCAGUGCCGAUGGGGACAUGAAGUUGUGGACUAUUGCCGAAGCCCGGCUGGAGAGUUUUUACCACGCUCGCGUUGCCCAUUCGGACAAAUUUACGGGCCUGGCCACGCCCCUCAGCACGCCCAAUCAGUUCGUUACUUGCGAUCGCGGGGGCUGCGUCCGCCUAUGGGAUGACCAGCUGCUGGGCGACAAUCAUGUCUAUCUGGGGGACAUCGAUGGAGAUGUCCAUAUCGCGGACAUUCGUGUGCCGCGCAAGCUGCUGCAGACGACUAAAUACUUUGAGGACGCCAUUGUGUCACAGAUCGUCAGCAAUGGAGCUCAUCUGGCGGUCAUGAGCAAUUUGCCCGCUUGCGUCAAAAUCGCCAAAGUAGACGGCACCGGCAAGCAGGCAUUUAUCUACACCAAAGAGAACAUCCACCAGCGCCAAACGGACGCCAUAUGGACCGAUCCACGGACACUCAUCACCGUUGGAUACGGCUGCAGAAUGGUCAAGCAUCAACUGGAGGAACUCGGCAAGUCUGCUGGCGACUGCGGCGAGUAG